CCAAUCAUAAUGCAGAGAGGUGAAAUUUGAUGCCACGCGACAGCGCUCAUGUACAGAAACACCGUGACAAGAAUUGAACUGUGUCGAAGGGACUUGUAAGUGAAUAUUCACGAGAUUCUUAAUCAUAGUGGCGAAAUUAUACCCAUCUCAAGCCUAAAAGAUUUCCCUGGCUGUUGAGUUGAUGGCAGAGCCUGUCUCAUACGAGUUCCUGUCUUGUGUGAAUCUACAUCGCCCUCCAUUCCCAAUGCAAGAUCUUGCAUCCUCCUCUACCCUUACAAGUAUGCCACAAAGCAUGCAAGGCAAUGGAGUAUCCCAAAGACAACCCAAGUAUUCUCGUCUUGAAAUGAUGAAAUUAAAUAUUGAAAAGAAGAGGAAAAAAGACGUCCAAGACAGGCGUGAAGUUUCACAAUCAAAUCCACGGAAUGCCAAAAGUGGCGGUACAGUUCGUGCAUUCUUUGCUGAAAGAAGAGCAAUGGAAGCAGAAGCCAAACAAAAAGAAAAUGCAGCAUACUUACCUCCAAUUGAUGCACACUUUCGACAAAUGAAGGGACAAAACCCUGGAAGUUUAGGUUCUCCACAGAAAAGUCCACAAGUACAAAACCCCUCACCUGGUCAGCAGGCUCCAAGCCAUGGUAAUGUAAGGAACAUGUAUCAUAGGAAGAAAGGUAAAGGAGUUGAUAAACAAAACCCUUUGCCCCCAUUGCAUAGAGAUGCUGUGAACCCCCAUAAACCCCCCACCCCUAACAACAGAUACGAGACACAUGCCACAUUAGUAGCGCAGGAGGAUACACCAGAAAUUGCGCCCAGUUACAACAUUAAUGCACCCAUAAAGAGACGUGGUGGGGGAGGUACAGUUGUUCCAAGAGGUGCACCUCGAAAACAGCACAUUCCUCAAGCUCCACCUAAACAAAGAACUGCUGCCCUGCAGAAAACAAAAGUGCAAAAUGUUCCUUUGCCAAACGAUGAUUCAGAUGGUGACAUGGGGCAUGAUUUCAACAGCUUGGAUGAACCCCCUCCAAAUCUAUCAAGAUUAAAAGCAUUGAGGAUGAAAAAACUAAGCCAGCAGAAAAUAAGCCUUCCUAGUAAGCCUGAAAAAUUAACAGACUUUCAAAAGUGGCAAAUAGAACAGGAUAAAGGAAAAGAAGAGAGAUUGGAAAAACACAGACAAAAGAUGGAGAGCAAGGGAGAGUCACUAUCCUUACGUGAAAAAGAACUUCUUGAAAAAAUCCAAAUGGAGCAAGAAAAACUGCAAAGAAUUAAACAACAGCAACUUGAACUUGAAAAGCAAGAGCGCUUGGAGAGGGAAGAGGAGGAAAGAUUUAAUAAAACAUUAAAAAAAGCAGUCUUUGAAAGAGAUGAAAGUUUCGUGGAAGAACCACCAAAAUCUGUUAAGAUUUUAAAGCCUGCAGCUGAUGUAACACCUAAGAAACCGAAGAAAGUGAAACACAAACCAGUUAUUGCAGACCCUGUACCUGUGGAUGAAGAAGAAGAGCCAAAAGAGGACUUCACAAGUUUCUAUAUUCAACAAGCAGAAAAAGCUGCACAAGAAGUUGAACUAGACCUGUCACCAUGCUCUAUAUGUGGGCGUAAUUUCCAGACUGAUAGGCUGGAAAAACACCAAAAAGUGUGUGCAAAGAACUCCACCCGCAAGAGGAAAGCAUUUGACAUGACCAAGCAGAGAACCGCAGGGACUGAACAUGAGAAAUAUGUUAAAGCUGGUGCUCACAAACAGGAACCAGAAAAAAAGGCUCGAAAAAUAGACUGGAGGGCCCAGCAUGAGAGCUUUAUCAAGGCCAUCCGCUACGCUAAGGGGUCCAGCGAUGAGCCACCACCUGUUAUGGAGAAUCCACACUAUGUGCAAUGCCCUCACUGUGAGAGAAAAUUCAACCCGGAGACAGCAGAAAGACACAUUCCAAGGUGUAAAGACAUCAAAGCCAGACCUGCACCUCCAAAGGGAAGAAACAAAAGAUAAACCAUAGCUUAUACAGUAGUCUGAUUUUGGAGAAUAGAUGAAUAAUUUAUAUAUAAUUCAAGAUGUCAUUUUUAUUGUGAGACAAAUCUAUUUAUAUUUAGGUAUUUUAGCAUUAAAUUAGUGAAAAGUAUUAUAAACAAGUGCUAAAAUAUGUACAGAAUUUUACGGCCCUGGAGGUUUUACAUUCUCAAGGCAACUUAUAUUAGGGAACUUACUUUUUAUGCCUUAUAUAUAAAAGACUUAUUUUUUUGUUACGAAGUGAAGUAACUAUAUUUUUCUAGCGCAAUUCAUACACAAGCCAAGAAUUCAAAACCCGCAUCACUGCCUUUUAAAGUUGGAUUGUGUUGCUAUUCCUAAACAAGACAAGGGUUUAGACUUCUUAGGUGGGUGCAAACAGAACAAUUUGAAAACAAUACGCUUUGGGUUAUCUUGUGGACUGUGGAAAAUGUGCCAUUUUGAAAACAAUAACAUACUGCUCUUGGUGCACACAAUGUAAACGAGCAAAACAGUGGGCAUACGCAUGUGCUGUACAGCUUGUAAUCAUUUUUGUAUCAGAUAUGAAAAAAAACCAGAUAUAUAUGGAGAUGGGAUUCAGUAGUUAUUACAGGUAUCCUGCUUUUAUCUAUACUCCUGGCCUUCAUUUAGUAAUAAUAUUAUACCAAACUAUAAGUAUUGUUGCAAGAAAAUGUUAGGAGAUGUAAGAACAGUCUACACAAUGGUUUGUGGUCCUUCAUCUAUAACAAAAAAUAAAUAAACAACAUUAAACAUCA